AUGAGUGAGCCCAUCGACACCAAGAAGCCCGGCGGCGGCGACGACAUCAUCACCGAGAAGGGCAUCUCUCACGUCGAGGACUCCUACAAUCUCGACAAUGAGGCGAAACUCGAGGCCUACAAGGCGGCUGCCAUGGAGGCAGAGGUCGCGGAGCAGAAGUCGGGUGUGAUCCAGGCCGUCAAGGAGUACCCUAUGGCUGCCCUUUGGGCGUUUAUCAUGUCCUGCACUAUUAUCAUGGAGUCCUACUGUGUCUUCCUCAUGGGUAACUUCAUUGCCCUACCUAGGUUCGCGGACAACUACGGUAUAUACAGCCCCGAGAAGCAAAAGAUGAUCAUCGCGGCCAGCUGGCAAUCUGCGCUCCAGAUGGCUGGGCCGCUUGGUGCAAUCAUCGGUGUCCUCCUGGCUGGCCCCCUUACCAGCAGAAUCGGAUACCGUUGGGCGACCAUAACCGGCCUCAUGUUCUUGAACGGCUUCAUCUUUAUUUUCUACUUCGCCAACUCGCUUCCGGUCAUGUUCGUGGCACAGCUCCUCGAGGGUAUCCCAUGGGGCAUCUUCAUCGCCAAUGCCCCAGCAUACUGCAGCGAGAUCACACCCAUCCAGCUGCGAGCUCCUGCCACUCAGAUGCUGCAAAUGUUCUGGGCCAUUGGUUCCAUCAUCGUAGGUGGCGUCACCUAUCAUUACAACAAUUUCAAUGAGGAUAUCGCGUACAGAAUUCCUAUUGCGCUCCAAUGGCUGUUCCCCACCCCUCUUGCUAUCCUCCUCUUCCUCGCGCCCGAGUCACCCUGGUGGCUGGUCCGCAAGGGACGUCUCGAAGAAGCAGAGAAGUCAGUUAGGCGCUUGGGACGCAAGACGAGAUUGAACACCAGCGAGGCUGUCGCCAUGAUGCGCCGUACCGUCGACCUCGAGAAGACAAUCAAGGAGCCCAACCUGGUGGAACUGUUCAAGGGCACUGACCUGUACCGUACUGCCAUUGUGUGUGGUGUAUACGCGGCACAGAAUUUGACAGGCAACCUGAUUGCCAACCAGGCCGUCUACUUCUUUGAGCAGGCUGGUAUGGACACCAACACCGCCUUCGCCCUGGGUCUCAUCACCUCAGCCCUCCAGAUGAUCUUCGUCAUGCUCUCCUGGAUCCUCACCUCGUACCUCGGCAGACGUACCAUCUACGUAUGGGGUUCCCUCAUCAACGUGGGCUUCCUCAUCGCCCUUGGUAUUGCAGGCUCCGUCGUCGCGUCGAAAGCAGCUUCGCUGGCGCAGGCCUCCCUGGGUCUCAUCGUCUCCGUCUUGUUCACUUUGGGACCUGCGCCCGCCUCAUGGGUCAUUAUCGGAGAGACAUCCUCCGUCCGCCUCAGGCCUUUGACAACGGGAGUUGGUCGCGGUGCAUACUACCUCGUCAACAUUCCUUGCAUCUUCCUCGCAAGUUAUAUGCUCAACCCUGAUGAGGCCAACCUCGGUGGCAAGUGUGGUUAUGUCUGGGGUGGCACUGGCUUCGUCUGUUUCGUCUUGGCGUUCUUCUUCCUGCCUGAGAUGAAGGGCAGAUCUUACCGUGAAAUCGACAUCCUGUUCAGGCGCAAGGUCCCGGCUCGCCAAUGGACUAAGACCACUGUCGAUAUCGAAGCCGACGAGUAA